AUGGGCAAUCUUCCGGAUCAGUUUGCAUUUUGUGCUGAUCCGCUAUGGGUAAGAGUUAAAAAAAUUGUUUUACGUAAUACUUUAAAUUUCGUAUUCGACCUUGUUUUAGAUAUCAGAUGAGGUCGCAGCUAACAACACAUUGCCCAUUCUGACAUUUUGUUUCGAACAUGCGGUCUUGGCCAUGGUCCCAGUUGUCUAUUAUUUCCUUUUACUGCCCGUUCUACUGUUCCAAAUCCAUCUCAGCGAAUAUCCUCCAUUGCCAGAUGACUAUCUUUUUGACAUGAAAUCAGUAAGUGUUACUCUAAUUUAAAUCCAUGUGUAGGGGGUCUCUUUUCUUCUAAUUUGCGACAAGACCUUUUUACUGGUCCGAUCUUUAUGGGAGACCUAUCUGAUCGGCGAGACCGUACCUAUUAUCGAGUAUGUGUACCCUUCUCUUCACAUCAUUACAAUUGUAAGUUAUUAUUGUAAUGAAAAUACAUAUAAUGUCUCCAUUUUCGUUGUCAAUCAUAAGCACCAGCAAGAAGUGUGUAGAUCGAGGAAUUGCGUCAUCCGGAAUAAUCUUUGUGACAUGGUUUCUCUUCCUUCUCUUUGGAUUACCCGAAUUUUACACUUGGAUAUCUUUGGGAACUAAUCCUGAGGUAAACAUUAAUAUUUUUAUCUUAAUCAAUACUGCGUUUAUCCUAAUUUAAUUUGUUUUAGACAGUCUCAGCCUUAAACUCGUAUCGUUACAUCCCAUAUCUGAUAUGGUAUCCUUUGAUUCUUAUCCAGACAAUCCUUCAUUGCUUUACGUUACACCAUUAUACUGGGAUUGGAGUAAGUCUGAACCCUACUCUGUUUCAUCGAGUUUAGAACGAAUCUCCAGAACGACAAGCUUCAUUCCUUUCCAAUCAAUUUUUCUGUUGGUUUAGUGAUAUUGUCAAAUUGGGGAAGAAACGAGCUCUUGUUUCGGAUGAUUUGUAUGAACUGGACCCGAUUAUGCAAGGAGAUCGACUUGAUCUGAAAUGGACAUCAUUGUGGACAAAAUCGUAUUCUGGUAUGGGAAAUAGCUAAAUUUGUUUAAGUUUUUAGAUUACAUGAAAAAAGUUGAUGAUUCAAAGCAAUAUCGAGAAUACGAAUCGCUGCAUACGGUGAAUGAUCAGACUCCAUUGGUUGGUCACAAGCAUGAGAGACUUUUAAAUUAUGGAUCUCAUGGAGGUAGACAGCAUCCACUGUUUCCAUUUUCAUCGACAUUUCAGAAUGUCGUGUACCCACAAACAAGGAGAAGCCGGCUCCACCAUCGUUUAUCGCCAUUCUGUUUCAUCUCUUCAAAUGGGAAUUCAUUGGUGGCUCUAUCCUUAAAUUCAUCACUGAUCUCCUCCAGUUUGCGAACCCGUUAUUGCUAGGGCAGAUGAUCACGUUUACCCAAGAUGAGAAGGCGCCCAUCUGGCAAGGUGUUGGACUAGCUUUUUUGAUGUUUGCUUCAGCAGAGACGAGAUCAAUUCUACUCAACAAUUACUUUACUACUAUGUUUAGAUUGGGAUGCAAAGUUCAGAGUGUCUUGACUGUCGCUGUUUACAAUAAGGUGAGUUUUUUACUUGGGUUACUGUAAUAAGUAUACUUUUGUUAAAAUUUCAUACUUUUGUUUUAGGUGCUUCGACUUUCAAAUUCCGCGCGACAAAAGAGAACGGCCGGAGAAAUUGUGAAUUUAAUGUCGAUUGAUGUCGAGAGAUUCCAGACGAUCACCCCCAACCUUCAACAAUAUUGGAGUAGUCCUCUGACCAUUGUAAUCGCCCUUGUUAUCCUUUUCCAAACUGUUGGUUAUUCUGCCUUUGGUGGAGUCUUCAUCAUGUUACUGAUCAUUCCAUUAAAUCUUGUCAUCAUGGUUAAAACAAAGAAAUGGCAGGUGAGUAUUUGUUUAGUUAACUAUAAUGUUACGUAAUUUAUAUAGGUGGAGCAAAUGAAAUUGAAAGAUGAAAGGCUUAAAUUGACAAACGAAGUGCUGAAUGGAAUCCGAGUAGUCAAAUUGUAUGCCUGGGAGAAGGCGAUGAUGGACCAGAUUAACGAAUUGAGACGGGCUGAGGUGAUGCUGAUCAGGAGAGCGCAGCUGACUCGAUCCAUUGGAGAUGUUCUCAAUGUCGCUUCGCCGUUUUUGGUAUGUUAUAAUCUUUGCGGUUUCAAUUUUUUAUUUACAAUUAUAGGUAGCACUAGUUGCUUUUACAAUCUUCACCUUGUCAUCCAAGGGCAAUAUUCUGACCCCUCAAGUUGCAUUUGUUUCGUUGACAGUGUUCGCUCAACUUCGGGUCCCCUUGUUUUUGAUUGCCGAAUUGGUUGGAAAUACAGUGCAGAUGAUUGUUUCAAACAGAAGACUGAAGGAGUUCUUGGCCGAGGAAGAGAUGGACGACAAUGCAAUUGUCAGGGACUUGAGCAGUGGCUGUAAGUGCCUACUUAAUUUUUGAGUUGUAUUUAGAUGACCGCGCAAUUGAGGUUUCGUUGGCUACCUUCACCUGGGAUAAGGCUUCACCAAAAGCAUCUCUAAAAGAUAUUCAACUGGACAUUGAGAAGGGUUCUUUGGUUGCGAUCGUCGGAAAGGUUGGGUCUGGAAAGUCGAGUUUGUUGAGUGCUCUUCUUGGGGAGAUGGAUAAACUUGAUGGAUUUGCCGGAGUCCGGGGAUCCAUAGCGUAUGUCCCUCAACAAAGUUGGAUUCAGAAUCAAAGUCUCAAGGAUAACAUUACUUUUGGAAAAGAGUGGGACGAACAGCUUUACAAUAAAGUCAUCGAGGUAAAUUUGGGUUACGGUAGCUUGAUUCUUUCGCUUUUGUUUUUGAUGAAAGUGGCUACAUUUACAGGCUUGUGAGCUGCGUCGGGACUUUGAAUUCCUUCCGUACGGCGAUCAGACGGAGAUUGGAGAGAAAGGAGUCAAUCUAAGCGGUGGCCAAAAGGCCCGAGUGUCACUGGCAAGAGCUCUUUAUCAAGAAACCGACCUUCUUCUCCUGGACGAUCCGCUUUCUGCUGUUGAUGCGAUUGUUGGGGCCACAAUAUUUGAAAAGGCCAUUGGACCCAACUCUCUGACCAAGAAUGCCACUCGAGUACUCGUCACUCACUCCCUUGCAUGUCUUCCAGAAUGUGAUAAUAUCGUCGUUGUAAAGGAUGGAGAGAUUGUCAGAAUAGACAAAUUUGAGAAUCUCUUGGCUGAUGAAGAGAUGUCCCGACUGAUUAAACAGAUCGAACAAGAAGAGGACGAAGAAGUGCCUGUUGCCAGUGGAGAUUCUGGAAAUCUGGAGGAGAGUGAUACUGAUUACUCAUCGACGGAGAGCGACAAUCGAUCCAAAAAGGAAAGGAGGGUUUCCAAGUUGUCGUCCAGAGCCGGCUCGAGAAAGAAAUCAAUUAUAACACCGGCUAAAUUAGUUCAAGAUGAGGUUGCUCAGACCGGUCGAGUCCGUCCAUCCAUCUAUAUGCACUACUUUAAGUCGAUGAAUCUCGCUUUCUUUUUGUGUUUCUUGCUUGGAAUGACUGUGAACACGGUAUUAUCUGUCAUCAGAAGUUUCUGGUUGUCAGCAUGGUCAGAUGAAGCUGGAACCGACCAGAUGUCUUUGGGAGUGCGACUUGGGGUCUUCGGAGCCUUGGGAUUUGGGGAAGGUAAGUUAAAAACAAUUUUCAAUUUAAAAUUACUUACAGUGUUUGCUAUGUAUUUCGCCACAAUUUUCUUGAUCCUCGGAUCAGUUAAUGCCAGUAUCCGACUUCAUGCUCCAUUAUUAUACCGUAUUAUGAGAGCUCCGGUCGUAUUCUUUGAUGUUACCCCAUUAGGACGAAUCUUGAAUCGAUUUGGAAAGGAGAUGGAGACUGUGGAUCUUCGUCUCAACAAUCUCUUCCGUUUCCUUUUGGUCUGCAUUCUGAGUGUGCUCUCUACGAUUACAGUAAUCUCCAUAUCAUCGCCAAUCUUUUUGUUGUUCAUGUUCCCGCUAGCUAUUGUAUACAUUUUAAUCUUGGUAAGUUUCCUUUAGCCUUUCGGUGUGAUAUUGUUUCAGACAUACUUUAUCCCCACCAGUCGUCAGCUUCAACGUCUUUCAUCCAUAAGUCGUUCUCCCCUUUUCGCUGCCUUUGGCGAAACAAUCCAAGGUGUUACAUCCAUUAGAGCGUACGGUGUUGCUCGAAGAUUCUAUCAGGGAUUCCUGGAGAAGAUCAAUUUGCAUGUCAAGUGCAAGUAUUCUUCUUUGGUCUCGGCCCGUUGGCUUGGGAUGAGAUUGGAGAUUAUGGGGAAUACAAUUAUAUUGAUUGCGGCUUUAUUGAGUGUGUGGUCCAAGGAGACGGGGUUCAUGAGUGCCGGAGUGAUUGGAAUGACACUGUCAUAUGCAUUAAAUGUAAGUUUAAUAAAUUCAAGGAUGAUGUUCUUUUAGAUCACAAAUAUGUUGAGCAUGCUGGUCCGUCAAGUCAGCGACGUCGAGUCCAAUAUUGUCUCAGUAGAACGUAUAAAAGAAUACACGGAGAUCGAAGAAGAGGCCCCAUGGCAAAUGCCUGAGGGUUCGAGGAUAAUGCUUCCCAGAGAAUGGCCUUUGGCUGGUGCUGUUUCUUUCAAGAAUGUAUCAACCAGAUACAGAAGAGAAUUGGAGUUGUCUUUAAUAGACAUUAAUCUUGAUAUCAGACCAGGAGAGAAGAUUGGAGUGGUUGGACGAACUGGCGCUGGAAAGUCAUCAAUGGUUUUGACUCUCUUCAGAUUAAUUGAGCCAACCAAUGGCAGAAUCUUGGUUGAUGGCGUCAAUUUGUCCAUGCUGGGCUUGCAUGAGAUCAGAUCGAGGUUUACGAUAAUCCCACAGGAGCCGACCUUAUUCUCAGGUACCCUCAGGCUCAAUUUGGAUCCAUUCCACGCUUAUUCUGACGCUGAAUUAUGGAGGGCAUUAGAGGAUGCCAAUUUGAAGGAAUUUGUUCAAGGCUUGGACCUCAAACUUGAACAUGUUAUAGCUGAAGGAGGAUCUAAUAUCAGGUAAGUCAAUAAUUGCGACAUUUGAGACCUUCCAUGAGCAAUUUAAUAAUGUUCUAUUUGCAGUGUUGGUCAACGUCAACUCAUCUGCCUUGCCCGAGCCAUUCUCCGAAAGAGUAAGGUAGUUGUUUUGGAUGAAGCAACAGCUUCGGUUGAUGUCCAAACUGACGAAAUCAUUCAACGAACAAUUCGGGAGAAGUUUGUCGGCUCUACUGUCAUCACAAUUGCCCAUCGUAUUCGCACAAUUUUGGAUUCGGAUCGUAUUUUGGUGCUAAAGAACGGACGAAUGGUCGAAUUUGACACUCCCCAGAAGCUGUUGGAUAACCCGAAGAGUUUGUUCUAUUCGCUGGCCAACACUCACAAAAGCUAG